AUGGCUUCGUUUCCAGAGGCGGACUUUAUGAUCUGCCCGUUAUGCAAGGAGCUGUGCGGGUCGCCGUUGUCCCGUCAGCCGUCCAACUCGUCGAGGGGCGGGGGCGGCCCGUCGCCGCCGCUGUCGUGGCCGCUGUCGCGGAGGCUGCGCGUCCCGCCCUGCCUCCAUGCCUUCUGCCGCCACUGCCUGGAGGCGCAGGGGGCGGCGGCGGCGGCGGCGUUGGCGUUGGCGGCGUCGGCGGCCGCCUCCUCCCCCGGGGGGGAGCAGCCCCUCAGCCCGCGCUGCCCCAUCUGCGACCACACAGCGGUGCCGGCCAUGGACGCCCUGCCCUCCUCCAACUUUCUCCUCAGCAACCUGCUGGACGUGGUGGUGGCGGCGGCGGCGGCCGACGACUCGCCGCCGCCGCCGCCGCCGCCGCCGCCGCCGAAGGGCAACAACGGUCGCGGGCCGGCGGUGGGCGGCGGCGGCCCCAACCCCAGCCGGCCCCACCACCACCACCACCACCAUCACCACCACCACCACCACAACAACGGCCGCCCGCCUCCUCAGCCGCCUCAGCCGGCGGCGGCUCCCGCUCCCGCUCCCCCGCCUCCGCCUCCUCCGCCUCCGCCUCCUCCCCCUCCGGCUCCGGCCGGCCCCGGGCCCGGCCCCCCUCAGCGGGCUUCGGCCCCGUCGCCGCUGCUGGCCCGUGGGGCGCCCGGCCAGGCCGAGCCCCGCUGCAGCUCGUGCGACGAGGGCACGGCGGCCAGCUCGCGCUGCCUGGACUGCCAGGAGCACCUGUGCGACAACUGCCUGCGGGCCCACCAGCGCGUCCGCCUCACCAAGGACCACUACAUCGAGCGCUUCGCCGGCAACGUCGCCAACAACGCCAACAACGCCGCCGCCGCCCACGCCGCCCACAGCGCCCACAGCGCCCACAGCGCCCCCAGCCCGGCGGCCCCUCAGCUGGCCCAGCUGGCCCACGCCUUCCCCGCCUCGCCCUUCUCCAUCCUCUCCGUCUUCCCCGACCGGGUCAGCUACUGCCAGCAGCACGACGACGAGGUGCUACAUUUUUACUGUGAUACCUGCUCUGUCCCUAUUUGCCGGGAAUGUACCAUGGGCCGCCAUGUGGGACACAGCUUUAUCUACCUCCAAGAUGCCCUCCAAGACUCUAGGACACUCACCAUUCAGCUCCUCGCAGAUGCUCAACAGGGACGCCAGGCAAUCCAGCUGAGCAUUGAACAAGCCCAGACUGUGGCAGAGCAGGUUGAAAUGAAGGCGAAGGUUGUUCAAUCUGAAGUCAAAGCUGUCACAUCGAGACAUAAGAAGGCCCUGGAAGAAAGGGAAUGUGAACUCCUGUGGAAGGUGGAGAAGAUCCGCCAGGUGAAAGCCAAGUCCCUCUACCUGCAGGUGGAGAAGCUACGGCAGAACCUCAACAGACUGGACAGCACGAUCAACGCCGUCCAGCAGGUCCUGGAGGAGGGCCGCGCCAUGGACAUCCUCCUGGCCCGGGACCGCAUGCUGGCCCAGGUGCAGGAGCUGAAGAACGUGCGCAGCCUGCUGCAGCCCCAGGAGGAUGACCGGGUCAUGUUCACCCCACCGGACCAGGCCCUGUUCCUGGCCAUCAAGUCCCUGGGCUUUGUCAGCAGUGGGGCAUUUGCGCCCUUGACCAAGGCCACCGGGGAGGGGCUCAAACGGGCCCUGCAGGGCAAGGUGGCGUCGUUUACGGUGAUGGGCUACGACCACGACGGGGAGCCGCGCCUCUCCGGGGGCGACCUGAUGUCCGCCGUGGUGCUGGGGCCCGACGGCAACCUCUUCGGCGCCGAGGUGAGCGACCAGCAGAACGGCACCUAUUUGGUCAGCUACCGGCCCCAGCUGGAGGGCGAGCACCUGGUCUCCGUCACCAUGUGCAAUCAGCACAUCGAGAACAGCCCCUUCAAGGUGGUGGUCAAGUCCGGGCGCAGCUACGUGGGCGUCGGGCUGCCCGGGCUGGCCUUCGGGAGCGAGGGGGACAACGACGGCAAGCUGUGCCGCCCGUGGGGGGUCAGCGUGGACAAGGAAGGUUACAUCGUCGUGGCCGACCGCAGCAACAACCGCAUCCAGGUGUUCAAGCCCUGCGGGGCCUUCCACCACAAGUUCGGCACCCUGGGAUCCCGGCCGGGCCAGUUUGACCGCCCGGCCGGGGUGGCCUGCGACACCUCCCGGAGGAUCGUUGUGGCCGACAAGGACAAUCACCGCAUCCAGAUCUUCACGUUCGACGGGCAGUUCCUCCUGAAGUUCGGGGAGAAGGGGACGAAGAAUGGGCAGUUCAACUACCCGUGGGACGUGGCGGUCAACCCCGAGGGCAAGAUCCUGGUCUCCGACACCCGGAAUCACCGCAUCCAGCUCUUCGGGCCCGACGGGGUGUUCCUGAACAAGUACGGCUUCGAGGGGGCCCUCUGGAAGCACUUUGAUUCUCCCCGGGGGGUGACCUUCAAUCACGAGGGCCACCUGGUCGUGACCGACUUCAACAACCACCGUCUGCUGGUCAUCCACCCCGAUUGCCAGUCGGCACGCUUCCUGGGCUCCGAAGGCACCGGCAACGGCCAGUUCCUGCGUCCGCAGGGAGUCGCGGUGGACCAGGAAGGGCGCAUCAUCAUAGCCGACUCGCGGAACCACCGGGUGCAGAUCUUUGAGUCCAACGGCAGCUUCUUAUGCAAGUUUGGCGCCCAGGGAGGCGGCUUUGGCCAGAUGGAUCGACCGUCGGGCAUCGCCGUCACCCCUGAUGGCAUGAUCGUCGUGGUUGACUUCGGAAACAAUCGAAUCCUCAUCUUCUGAUUGGGAGCAUCUGGGUGAAUUUUGACGUCCUCGUCAUCGUCGUUUUUGUUUUUGCUUUGUCGGUUUUUUUUUCUUUUUUUGGGGGGGGUGGAUUUCAGAAAAGAAACUUUCUCAGGGAGAUUCUUUAAGAGAACAAAA